UACGUCACUUCCGCCAUCCACUCUCGGCGAGCAAGAUGGCGGAAGAUCCCGAGGCUCUGCUGCAGCUCCCUCCUUCAGCGGCUGCAGCCGGCGGCGAGAGCCUUUCGGAGCUCUCCCCAGAAACUGCCACCCCAGAGCCCCCGUCUUCGGCCACAGUCUCUCCGGGGACGGAGGAGCCUCCCGGUGACACCAAGAAAAAAAUUGACAUCCUGCUGAAGGCUGUAGGAGAUACCCCUAUAAUGAAAACAAAGAAAUGGGCUGUGGAGCGAACCCGAACCAUCCAAGGACUCAUUGACUUCAUCAAAAAGUUCCUUAAACUCGUGGCCUCGGAACAGUUGUUUAUUUAUGUGAACCAAUCCUUUGCCCCUUCCCCAGACCAAGAAGUUGGAACUCUAUAUGAGUGUUUUGGCAGUGAUGGUAAACUGGUCCUACAUUACUGCAAAUCACAGGCGUGGGGAUGAGCCACAGAAAAACAGCUAGAUAUCAUCACAGAAGAAAGGGCUCAAGAGGCUUAUGACUAUCAGAUACUCAGCAUGAAUCUGCCAUGAAUUGUGCUUAUGUGUAAGAAGACAACAUAGAGUAAAUGGACUAAAAACAAGAUUUACAUUACCAUAAAAUCAUGAAAGAUUGGUGUGCCCAUUACCCCUGCCCACUCCUGUUUCAGAUCUGCCUCCACGGUUAGAAAGGGGGCUAGAACUCUAUUGUGGGUUCUCAGGAUGGCUGACGUUCCUUGUGGAGUUGCCACUGUGUUCUUUCCAUGGUAAAGACUUAACUGAAGGGUUUGUGUUUCAAGGUGUUUUUUUAACUUAUUCAGGGAACCUCUGUUUGGAAUAUGGAAUGUUUACAUUUGUCUGUAUUGCUUUGUGAAACCAAGCGCACUGACUUGUCUCAGUGCCUUAAGUUAUCCAAUAGAGGGCAGCCCAGUUGGUAAAAUGAGUUGACAGUUGUGACAUCUUUGCCAGCUGAUUGGAGGAACAACUGUUGAACCUGGUUUCUAGUUAAUGUGUAAUCAGGAAAGCAACUAUGUUGACAGACUGGAAGAAUUGGAGGAUGUGCAUAGUUUAAAAUUAAUCAUGCCGGAAACAAUUGUACGGAUUGUGAGCAAAUGAGUCCUCAACGCUUUUCAGUCCUGCCAUUUAUGAUGCUUGUGCUUCAGCCUGGGCAUCGUGGUCACACUUGUAAUUCUAGCGCUCAGGAAGCCUGGGCAGGAGGAUCAGGAGUUCAAAACCAGUCUGGGCUGCAAAGAACUUAUUCCAAACAGACUCUUGACCCCCACCCUGUGUAUUCCUAGUGUCAGCUAUCUGUGUCAGAGCAAUUGACUUAGUAAACCCAGCAACAUCAUCAAGCUUUCAAUUUAUCCCAGCCCUCGUUUGUAAGCUGUGUGUUUUUAGUUUGUUUCUUUGCUGUGCUGGAGAUCAGUGUACACUCGAGGCCAUGGCUCUGCACAGCUGCAUCUCCAGCACUCACUGAGUGCUUCAUAAUGUGUUUUCCAAAUUGAAAGCAUUCAAAGAUAGUGAUUUAAAAAUAGCCUGCAUAGGCCAGACAGUGGUGGCGCACGCCUUUAAUCCCAGCACUCGGGAGGUAGAGGCAGGCGGAUCUCUGUGAGUUCCAGGCCAAUCUGGUCUACAAGAGCUAGAUCCAGGACAGGCUCCAAGGCUACAGAGAAACCCUAUCUCAAAAAAAGUCUCCAAUUUUAUGUGUCUUUCAUGCCAUCAUGGAAAAGAGUAUUACUGUUACUGGUGUCAUUAGACUGGUCAUUGCUUGAGGUAAGAUUUAACUUUUUUUUCUUAUGUACCGUAUUUGUUAUGCUUUCUUUUUGUGGGGAGAAGGGGUGGACUCUGCCUAGCCUGGAACUCACAGAGAUCUGUUUACCUACUCUGUCUCAUGAUGCUGAGAUUUGAGGUAUGGAUCACCUUACCCUGCUCCAUACGUGUCUAAGAGUAUUCGAACCAGAACCAGACAUGAUAGUGCACACUUCUCCAGCACUCAGAAAGCUGAGGCAAGAAGAUUGACUAUUUAAGACCAGUGUGGGCUAAAGGGUGAGAGUGUCUGAACACAACAUGAAAAUAACCCUUCCCCUCCCCUGACAAAAGCGUUCCAAUAAAUUAAAUGUCUAAACCGAUUACAGGAUUUAAAGUAUGUCAGAAUUCCAAGGGUUUGCUUUCAGAAGUGAUGAUAGAAAUUAUUUUUUUAUCAAAAACAAAACAAAAAAAUUGAAGACUUGAAUUACUCUUUUUUGUUCUUUUUGAGACAGACUGUGUCACUCAGGCUGACUUGCCUCGGGCUUUUGGGUGCCAGGCUUAUGCACUACUGCUUCUGGCUCAUUUGUAGCUCAAUUUCUAGAGUGUGCUUUAUAGUAGUACUCAUCCAUGUGAGCCAUGGAGGAUGUUGUGUAAGAACACAGCACAGUGCUGUUGGCUUCUUGUUUCUGCCCAAGAAUGAGUUUUGGAUUGCCCCGGAAUGAGUUAAUACAGGUAAUAGUUCACAGAGGGAGGAUGUGGACAGUGAGAUAGAUGUACAAAAUGUAGGCUCAGGAAAACACCUGAUGUACUAAUUUAUGAGCAGUGUCAGCUGGAUAGGGGAAAGGUCUGUUCUACCUUUGCCCGCUAUGAGGUUCCUGAAAGAACACAAUGGUAGAUACUUAACAGGAGAAAUAAUUUUUUAUUUUUGCUGAUUUUUAUUUUUUAUGUUUGCUGAUGUUCUAGAUGCCAGAGUGCUUAUUACCUCCAUGAAAUCAGAAAUACUUGAGUUUGAAUUUGUAAUUUUUAUCAAAAUAACUUAUUGCCAUAUUAAAGCAAAAGUUAACUAAA